GAGGCAUACUCAUGCAUACGCUUCUUGGCCCUGCGGUCGUGUUUCAUUAAUGACGACAAGCUUGAAGACCCAUGGUCUAUAAAAACAAGGUUUCCUGGGCUGCAUCGAUGCACCGUCCCCGCUCCUCUCUAUUUUUUAAUCCUUGGAUUGGCUAGCAAUGGUAUUGUUCCUCGACCACCAACCUGAUGAUUCGCAGGAUGUGCCUAUGCUUCUAGGUAACACAAAUACGACCUCUUUCAACGAUGACUUGGCCACUGGUCCUUUUGAGAAUCGAAACAUAGUUGUGGCCGAUGUUACCGUAUGGCCUACUCAUGUACUACAUGCGCCACAGCCUCAGCAUCCAUGCCUUAAUACUAUACACACAGCUUACUCGCCAGUAGGCAACGAGGCAAUCGGAUUGAGCAUCUCUCGACCUCCCGCCCCCAUCUUCAAUCAUCCACAACCCCACCGUGCUCUGCGCUAUGACAGCACUACUUACUCCAGUUUAUCCCAUAUCGACCCAUCCACUGAGCACCAUAGUACCCAUCCUUGCAGGUGGGACAACAAAGGAACACCUUGCAGUCACGAGCUGCAGGUUAUAUCCAAGAAUAUUCUUGCCCACUUUCACCGACAUCAUUGCAUUGAUGUCGACCCAGAGGGAUCGUUCACCUGUUCAUGGAUAAUGCCCCACUUCGGCUGUUGUGGGAAGAAGCUGAAGGUCGACAGCUUUAGCCGCCAUAUCAUUACCCACAUUGGUAUCAAACUCAGGUGUUCCGUUUGCAGUAAGAGGAUGGCGGCUCGGAAUGACCUCGUUGCCAAGCAUCGUCGAGACCACGCAGCUUGCUCUCAGGCAACCUUCGACACUAUCACGGACUGCCAUACUUCUUUCUGAUAAUGACCACACCUCCUUUACGCUGUGUUGAACGAUUCGGUGCCUUAUAAUCGUGUUUAUGUUGUCGUCUUGGGGCUGCGCUCAAUGUGGACGAUACUUAAUUAUAGCCAUCUAUGUUU